AUGGAGCCAACUCAGAAGGAUUGGAGAGAAGAUUCAAGGAGAUCGGUCUCUAAAGAAGAAUGUGCAGCUCUUAAAACUAGUGGAGAGCAGAUGAAGGUUCCAGGUAUAUACAGCAGUAGUACUGUCUCUGCGGAUGAGAUUCAGGAAGAAGGCUUUCCUCUAUGGGUUAUGGUUCUUGUAGUGACUUCAGUGUUGCUGGGAACACUAUCAUUAACAUCUCAAAGUGUGUUCUGUAGAGUAGGCAAUAAGUACCAAAUCUCGGCAAGAUUCCCAUUAAAAGGGAAUGGCAACCCUCCUGUCAUCGCUUAUUGGAUUAGCAGUACUAAUGGAGAGAAAUGUGAGAAAAUGCUAAGGCUGUUGAAGGCAAUAUACCAUCCAAGAAACCAGUAUCUGCUGCAACUUGAUGCCGAUUCAUCAGGUUAUGAAAGAGAGCAGUUGGCUCUUUAUGUUCAAUCCCAAGGGGUUUUUCGAACCUUCGAUAAUGUAAACGUCGUUGGACAAAGUUAUGGAAUCAACCACAUGGGAUCCUCUUCUCUUGCUGCCACACUUCACGCUGCAGCAUUGCUUCUAAAGCUGAGUGCAGACUGGGAUUGGUUCAUCGCAUUGAGCUCUUCUGACUAUCCACUCAUGCCUCAAGAUGAUCUGCUCCAUGCUUUGACUUCAUUGCCAAGGAACCUCAAUUUUGUACAUUUUACUGACAAGACUGGAUGGAAAGAGCAGAAACGUGUCGAAAAAAUUGUUCUAGAUCCUACUAUACAUCUUCAGAAUAGUACUCCACUCAGUACACUGAACUAUUCUUCAAAUAUAACAAGAGAAAUCCCUGAUUCUUUCAAGGUAUUUGGAGGUUCACCCUGGGGGAUACUAUCUAGAGAUUUCAUGGAGUAUUGUGUCCAAGGUUGGGACAACUUACCUAGAGAGUUACUGAUGUACCUCAGCAAUGUGGUUUACCCUCUUGAUUAUUACUUCCACACAAUCAUCUGCAACUCACCGGAGUUCCAAAACUCUCUAGUAGACAAUGAUCUGAGCUUCACAGUUUGGAACUUAACUGCAUUCGGCGAAACUCAAGUCCUAAAUAUGUCACAUUAUGAACAAAUGCUAGCAAGUGAAGCAGCUUUUGCAAGACCAUUUCACACAGGCGAUCAAGUACUAAACAAGAUUGACGAGAGCGUAUUGAAUCGCUCUUCUAAAGGGUUGGUGCCCGGAGAAUGGUGCCUUGGAGAAGGGAGAAGUAUGGGGCUGGAGAAUUCAGCAGAUGAUCAUGAAGAGCUGUGUUCAACAUGGGUUAACAUUAACAGUGUCAACCCGGGUUCUCGUGGCAUCAGUCUUGCUGCACUAUUGACUAAUCUUAUAGUAGAAGGGAGAUUCACAACUAGUCACUGCCAAGAACACUGGUAA